AUGUCGAAUCCUCAAGAUAUUGCCUCCACAUUCCAGAAGGCUUUGAACAUCGAAGGUGGCUCUCCACACGCAGUGUCCACCUCGCCUACUCAAUCUUACUUGAGCCAGUAUGCUGCCUUGAGUAGCAAACCAACCAAGACCUUGAAGCCAUUCUCCACUGGAGACAUCAAGAUUUUGUUGUUGGAGAACGUCAACAUCACCGCCAUCAACAUCUUUAAGAACCAGGGUUACCAGGUUGAGUUCUACAAGUCUUCUUUGCCAGAGGAAGAAUUGAUCGAGAAGAUCAAGGACGUCCAUGCCAUUGGUAUCAGAUCCAAGACUAAGUUGACGGAGAAAGUGUUGAGCCAUGCCAAGAACUUGGUUGUCAUUGGAUGUUUCUGUAUUGGUACCAACCAGGUGGACUUGGAAUUUGCUGCCAAGUCUGGUAUUGCCGUGUUCAACUCGCCAUUCUCCAACUCCAGAUCGGUUGCUGAGUUGGUCAUUGCAGAGAUCAUCACCUUGGCUAGACAGAUCGGUGACAGAUCUAUUGAGUUGCACACCGGAACCUGGAACAAGGUGUCUGCCAAAUGUUGGGAAAUUAGAGGUAAGACCUUGGGUAUUGUGGGAUACGGCCACAUUGGUUCUCAGUUGUCUGUUUUGGCAGAAGCUAUGGGAAUGAAGGUUAUCUACUAUGAUGUCACCAUGAUCAUGUCCUUGGGUAACUCCAAGCAAGUGGACACUUUGGACGAGUUGUUGAGUAAGGCCGAUUUCGUGACCUUGCACGUUCCAGAGACUCCCGACACCAAGAACUUGUUGAGCACUCCUCAAUUCGCUGCCAUGAAGGACGGUGCCUACGUCAUCAACGCCUCCAGAGGUACUGUGAUUGACAUUCCUGCCUUGAUCCAGGCUAUGAAGGCUGGCAAGAUCGCCGGUGCUGCUUUGGAUGUCUACCCACACGAGCCAGCCAAGAACGGAGAGGGCUUGUUCUCCAACGACUUGAACGACUUUGCAACUGAGUUGUGCUCGUUGAGAAACGUUAUUUUGACUCCUCACAUUGGAGGUUCCACCGAGGAAGCCCAAUCUGCCAUUGGUGUGGAGGUUGCUUCUGCCUUGACCAAGUACAUCAACGAGGGUAACUCGCAGGGUGCUGUCAACAUGCCAGAGGUUGCUUUGAGAGACUUGGACUUGGACCAAGAGAACACCGUCAGAGUGUUGUACAUCCACCAGAACGUUCCAGGUGUGUUGAAGACCGUCAACAACAUUUUGUCCAACCACAAUAUCGAGAAACAGUUCACGGAUUCCAGAAACGAUGUGGCUUACUUGAUGGCCGACAUUUCGGAUGUGGACAACUCCGACAUCAAGUCGUUGUACGAACAGCUAGAACAGACUCCUUACAAGAUUGCCACCCGUUUGUUGUACUAA